CUCUCAUUCAUUCAUCCUUUUUCUUUUGUAUUCGUUCGUUUUAGGGAACCAAUCAAAAUAAAGUUCACGAACAACGAAAUAAAAGAUUUUUGCAGCAAAAAACACUUUUCAAGCACGUCCACACCGCUUAAGACGCAAUGGGAAAUGCAGGAAGUAAUCUACCUCGAGAACGUCACAAGUCCGAUUCGCACGACCCAAUUCCGGGAUCUCCUCUCAAGGACGGGCAGGCGUUUGUGUUCGACAAGAAACCGGACCCCCAUCAUCGGCUACCGUUUCAACGCAGCGAAGAGGACGAACCGUUUUCGUACUCCAAGUCGGUUCCGGAACCGGAAUUCAUUAGGGAACACCGCAAGCGCUCCAAUACCGUAUCCGAUGAUUCGGGUUUGCCCCUGGGGGAUGAGGAAGAUGGACUUAAGUCCGCUUUGCCGACCGUCUUCAAGUGGGAAGGUGGCGGCCAACAGGUCUACAUCAGUGGAACGUUUUCCGAAUGGAAGGCACUGCCCAUGGUUAAAAGUCAUGGGGACUUUGUGACUAUUAUCGAUCUACCAGAAGGGGACCAUCAGUACAAGUUCUGCGUCGAUGGCGAAUGGAAGCACGAUCCCAGACUGAAAAACAUCGAAAACGACGUUGGUACCAAGAAUAAUCUGGUUUCGGUGCGCCAGUCGGACUUUGAGGUUUUCCAAGCGCUGGCCAAGGACAGCGAGGACACCGGUAAGGAUCAGGCCAAAGAGUACAGUCAGGACAUUCCGACGAGCAAACCCUGGGGCAAGGAAUCAGGUCCACCGGUGCUGCCACCGCACCUGCUGCAGGUUAUUCUGAACAAGGAUACACCCCUAUCGUGUGAACCGACGCUACUCCCAGAGCCGAACCACGUGAUGUUGAAUCAUCUGUACGCGCUGUCGAUCAAGGACGGUGUCAUGGUUCUCAGUGCCACCCAUCGUUACCGGAAGAAGUACGUUACGACGCUGUUGUAUAAACCGAUCUAGGAUGUUCUCUCCGCAACUAACCCAUGGGUAUUCUUUUCGGUUGAACCUUACGACAUGAAUAUUUUUUUCCUAUUAUUAUGUUUAGAAUUGAACAGGAUACGAAUGCCUCUGUAGUGUGAUGUUUAAUUUCUAUCGUGAUCAUAAACGAAAAAAAACUUUAUUUUAAUCUACAACAUAGGUAGUGAUGUGAAAAUAAAAUAUGGAACGUUGAACCAAAUUAUCAAUACGGUCCCAGAAAAUUGCUGACAUAAUUUGGUGUUUCUCCUAUAUCUUGCUCGUAUAUUACAUAUUCGAUUUGAAAAAUAUUCUUAAACAAAUGAAUGUAAAUAGCAAUAAACCGCUGAAUAGAAUUGUAUUAAUAAAGUUGUUUUGUCUUUA